CUCCAUUGCCAGAGCUCAGCCCAUUGCCGGGAGCGCCUGUCUGUCACUGCAGUGUCCUGCCCGUCAGGUUCGGUAGAGACGCAACAAGCUCCGCAGCUCCGAGGUACGUGACAGGAAGAGACCGAGCGACAGAGUUCAUCAGCGAGGCUCCCAAUCCAGUGAUCUGCCCCAUCGGUGAAGCCCCCCAACCCCUCACCCCUCCUCCCCACCCCCCUCACAGUUCAGCCAGCCAUGGCAGGCCGCGCAGCUUCCCGGCCCAAUGGCCAGUCUCAGGCCAGUAAGAUCUGCCAGUUCAAACUGGUGCUGCUGGGAGAGUCGGCUGUGGGCAAGUCCAGCCUGGUGCUGCGCUUCGUGAAGGGGCAGUUCCACGAGUACCAGGAGAGCACCAUCGGGGCCGCUUUCCUGACUCAGUCAGUGUGUCUGGAUGACACCACAGUGAAGUUUGAGAUCUGGGACACAGCAGGCCAGGAGAGAUACCACAGCCUGGCACCCAUGUACUACCGCGGGGCCCAGGCUGCCAUCGUGGUGUUCGACAUCACCAACCAGGAAACGUUUGCACGAGCAAAGACUUGGGUCAAAGAGCUGCAGAGACAAGCCAGCCCCAGCAUUGUGAUCGCACUGUCUGGAAACAAGGCAGACCUGUCCAGCAAGAGGGCAGUGGAAUAUGAGGAAGCACAAGCCUACGCUGAUGACAACAGUCUGCUCUUCAUGGAAACAUCAGCCAAGACUGCGAUGAACGUCAACGACCUCUUCCUGGCAAUAGCUAAGAAGUUGCCAAAGAGCGAGCCCCAGGGCAGCAGCGGGGGGCCCCCGAGCCAGGUCCGAGGGGGGGUGGACCUGAACGAGCAGAACCAGCCCAGCAGGAGCCAGUGCUGUGGCAACUAGAUAUGGGGCCAGGGCAACGAGGCUGGGGUGAUGGGUGGG